UCGACAGAUAUCGGAGAUUUAUAUAAUCUGACCACUUAGCCGAAAACGAUAAUCAAGCGAAGACAACUCCACGUCGAGAAUAUGUCAACAACGAAUUGGCCCGAUUGUGUCGGAAAGACAUGGCAGGAAGCUGAAGCUAUCAUUCGGAAAGAAUAUCCAAAUAUUUCGGUCCAGGUCUUACCAGAUGGUUCCAUGGUAACAAUGGACUACCGGACAGAAAGGGUUCGGAUAUUUACAGACGAAACUGGAAAAAUUGUCAGAGUUCCAAUGAUAGGGUGAUCAACGGGUGUUACCUCCCUUUACUGUGUACUCUGUCUAAACCAUACACCUGGCUGUAUACAGACCGUAGAGAAUCUAUUGUCAUUGUCCGAACUAAUGUUUCUGGCAUGUUUUAACAAAAACAUUGGGAUGAGGCAGUGUCUGGCUUAGACAGAGUUUACUCUAUACAACUAAUUUAUCUAAAACAGUUUAUCUGUUCUUAUCAUUCCUUAAAAUAUUGGUAUUUACAAUAAUUGGUAAUUCGGUAAUUGAAAUUUUAAAUUUUUUGAAACCAUGUUUUUCUAGCUUACAGUUGUAAUAUUAUAUAUACUGCUAAGUUUACUAAUGCCAUCCUGUAUCUUAAUCGUAAAUAUUGUUUAUCAAAUUCGCUAUGAAUCAUGUUAAAUGUUUUUGUGUGUAAAUUGUGUGUUGGUAUGAUAAUUUUAUAUUAUAUUAGUAAUAUCCUGGGUAAUUAACACCAGUUAUAUUUAAUUGUGCUGUGAACCCAUGUUUUGUUCACUUCUGAGUUACAAUUGGUGCUAUCUGUGUAAGCCAGAAUACAUUUGUAUACUGUUUUACAUGAAAUAUUUGUGGGUUCUUAAUUUGGUGGUUUCUUGCUUGGUAACAUGUUGGAAGAACUGCAGAACAUUGGUCCAGUUGGGACAAUACAUAUACAUUAUAUACACUUGAGGUGUUCUUAUUAUAUAUAUAUUGAAGGUCAACUUUAAGGUCAUCUUGAAGGUCACACAGGAGACUCAGCAUUAUAUAUCUAUUGAUGUGUUUGUUGUUUUUAUUGACAAUUCAUUUACAUAUCCUGAUGAAAAUGUAACUUAGAUGCUAAGUAUCAAUAUUGAAAAUUAGUUAUUUAAUUUACAAUGUUUUUUUCGAUAUUUAUUUUAUAUUCUAUGUUACUAAUUCCCACCGAUACAUCUAUGACUGUAGUCUUAGGGACUGGGCUCAAAUUUCCAACCCAUGGUCCAAAUGUAUAAUGGAAUUUGUCACGGAUUGGGAAUUUGCACCAUUUAUAUAAUUAAGUUCCUGUGAGUUUUGUAACGUUAAUAUUUAACUACGGUAAAUGAUUUUACUCUGCCAAGAUUUUCGCCAAUAUCGACUCGGAUAGUUCGAACUUGUGCUUAUUUUCUGAAGCAUAAUUUUGAAUAAUUCGAACAGGUUCGUCAAUAUUUAUUUAAUUCUGUUCGAAUUAACCUGAGGUUUACGGUAUGUCAAUACUUAACCAAGGUUUUUUGAUGUAGAAGAGCCUGUUAAAAAUUUGAUAUCCUGUUGACACAGAUUAUACAAUGUCAAGUUACAUGUAUAUAAGUAGAAUUCUAUGUUAACUGACAAUCAUACAGUCAUUAGCUAGUACCAAUUUUCAGAACUAUUUCCAAUGCUCACUCUGUAUAUUAAAUUGUUGCAUUCCUCAAAGUGUGAUACAGAAAUAAUGGUGUGAUUUUCAUGUCUAUGAAUAACUAUGAGCAACCCAGGUACAGGGUAAAUAAUCACAGUUCCGUCCCGUAAUAUAAUACUGAUGAAAUUCAAUAUCUCCAGUACCUCCAGCCUUUUGUCCUUCAUAGACAAAUAUUGCAAUGUUGAUUUGAUGAUAAAAAUACCAAGCAAUAACAUAAUAAAAGAUAGGUUGGUGUCAUGAGCAUGAUCCACAUUAUUUUUGUCCGAUUACUUAUUAUAUUGUUAGUGGGGGAAGAAAUGGCGAACUUCCUCUCAGAUUAAAUUAUAUCACUCACACAGAAUAGAUAAAAUUUUCUUUAUCUAAUUUUCUUUGCCGAAGCUUGUGUCUUUUGUAACUUUUAAAAAAUAACUUACUUGUGUGAAAUAAAUUCCAUAUCCAACAACCACUCGUUGUGUAACCUCUAUAUAUCUUACAUAGUUUUCUUUAUAUUAAUUUGUAAUGUAUGCAUAAUUUUUCCUGUACUUGCUUUUCAUCUCUUUUUGACAGACAACAUUCCUCCAUUUAUGCUCAAAAUAUGUGAAAUACCUAUCUUUGUAAUCUGUAAAUUUUUAUAGAGACCAACUAUGGGAAGUUGAACCUUUCCAAUCAGUAAACCUGUAUAAAGAGGCCAAUUUCUAUGUAAAACUUGACUUGUCCAAUCUGUAAACCUGUGUAAAGAGGCCAAUAUCUAUGUAAAAGUGUACAUGUCCAAUCUGUAAACCUGUAUAAAGAGGCCAUUUCUAAUCCAAAACUUUUCUUGUCCAAUCUGUAAACCUGUAUAAAGAGGCCAUUUCUAAUCCAAAACUUUUCUUGUCCAAUCUGUAAACCUGUGUAAAGAGGCCUUUUUUUUUUAUCUAAAAUGUUACAUAUUAAAUCUGUAAACCUAUGUAAAGAGGCCAUUUUUUAUGUAAAGCUUUACUUGUCCAAUCUGUAAACCUGUGUAAAGAGGCCAACUUGAUACAUUUCUAUGUAAAACUGGUUGCAUAAUCAGAAAAUCUGGAUUUUCUAGAUGGAAAAAAGUCCCUUAGGGUGGUAGUUUCAUUGCUGGUAGUCCAAUUCAGUAUACAGAAUGUAUGUUAAUUUUUACUUUGGUAUUUAUCUUGUUAUUAAGUUAUAUAAAACAUAUUUACAGUGUUUUAGAUUCAAUUUGUUUUUUACAAUCAAUAUAUUUUAAUAUACAUGAGGAGAAAGAAGCUUUUGUCCAGUCAACAUUUUUUCGUUCACGGGUGAAAUACAUAUUAUAACACUUUGUAUGUUAUGUACUGAUGUUCUGUUUCAUGAGAAGUUUGUCGUCAUAACUGGUACAGAGAAAGACAGAAAUUAAAACACGACAAACAUUUUCUAGUAUUUCCUAUCAAAUGUGUUUAUUGUGCUUUUUUAGCCAAAAAAUGUCUUUUGAAAAUGAAUUUUGAAGUACAUAUGUUCUGCUUUUGAAAUUGUGCAAUGAGUUUCAAUAUUUAUAUUACUUUGCCUGCUUUAUCUUUCCUAUUGUUGAAAUGGAUUUCCUCUUUCUUUUGCAACAUUAAUUCAGUACUGUAUGUCAAGUUAAGUACAAGAUUGUCAUAUAAUUCUUUUGCAUUAUUGUGUGAAAAUAUAUUAGAAAAGAUUUGGCUGGGUUUGUAAACUGUAUAAACAUUUUAAAAGUAUUGCUUAAUAUGUCAUGUCACUUUACCAAUAUUUACCAAGUAUACAAAUUGUUAUUGAGGGGGAAGGUAUACCCUAUCUGACAAAGUCACAAAAAUGAAACAAAAUGACAAAGUCACAAAAAUGAAACAAAAUGACAAAGUCACAAAAAUAAGAACAGAAGGAAAUGAAUGUUUGUCUUUAUUUUAUCAUUCCAAAUGGCCAUAUUUGAUAUGCAAUUUAUUUUUAUUACAUACAUGUAAUUAUCAUUCAAAAGAACUGAUGGUUGUCUGCAUUGGUGUCUAUAUAAGGUUGUGGUUUCCACAGGAAACUGGAAUAAAUAUCCAACCCUGGUCCAUAUACAUGCAAAUACAGACUCUGGGUUAGGGUGUUUGUAGCUAGUCCCUGUGUCCAAUAUUUUCAACUGACCAAUCCUGGUUUGAAGUGCAAUAAUUUUUUAGUUAUGUUAAGUUUAUUAUUUCUGCCUUUGUCUGAAGUGUGUUCAGCAUGACUAGAUUGAGAAUAUCUGCAACAAAAGUUCAGCACACUGGGGUAACAAAUGUAGUUAUUGUGUUCUGAACAUCUGGCAAUUACUCAAAUAUGUUUAGAGUUCAGCGAAUGUCGACUGAGCAUUUUAUAGAAGGGGCUCAGCAAAACUGAGUCUGUGGAUGUUUUCAGUGGCUUGUUUAUGAUCCCCUGGUCCAUCAUGGAACCAAACAGUGAAAUUUGGGCCGUUUUUGUUUAUCUGGUCCAAACGGUUUGACCGGUUGGACCUGAGUUGUUCGUUUAUGAGAUAAGGACAGACCUAGUGAUAGUUUGUUGUUUUUGGACGAGCUUUGACAAAGACUUUCAAGGCCUACAUUAAUAUCUGCAGGUCCAUCAAUAUAUAUACCUGAAAUAUUACAUUUAAAAACAGACGAACUGGUUUGUCCGCAUAAACGAACAGGCCCUUGACUUUACCAACUCUGUAUGGAACUGAGUCAAUAUGUUGGAUACGACAUAAUGUUGGCAAUGACAGUGGAGCAUGUAACGGUUCUGGUAGAUAGGGUCAGAUUACAGGAUGUUGUUAAAGUCAGUGGUCGAUUAGGUCAGGUUUCAUUAUAUGCAAGUUUUCAGGAGAAUGGGGCAUUUGAAAUGCCAUGCAAUAUAUUAACCCGAAUCGUAAUUCUGUGUCAGAGUAAGGCAUGCUUGAAUCUAGUUAUAUAUUUUAGUUGAACUUUAAAAUAACGUACACUUGUUGAUUGAAUCACAUUCCAAUUCAGCAUUCUCACAAUGUUAUACUUCUAUCCAAUCCAAAUUCCUUUCACCUGUGUAUACAUACAGUGGAACUUUACCGACUCUGUAUGGACUGGGUCAACGUCUCGGAUAUGUCAGUGUGUCGGUAUAGUCAGGGUCGGUAUAGUCAGUGUGUCGGUAUAUUCAGGGUCGGUAUAGUCAGGGUCGGCAGUGGAGUAUGUUCUGGUGGGUUGAUCUAGCCUGUCUUUGUAUUCGGGUUUAACUUUACAUCUGACCAAUCAAAAUAGAUGUAAUUAAUAAUGAAGUAUCACGAUAUGAAUUAUAGGAUGUUGUUAUAGUCAUUGGUCGGUAAAGUCAGGUUUCACAGUUCAUUGACCAAUCAAACUGAUAUCGUAAUUAAUAAUUAUAUCAAUAUUGAAGUAUAAUAUAAAUUACAGGAUACUUUUGUAUGCUAGAAGAUAUAUGCUUACCUGUCGAGUGUAAUCCUGGACUAUUUUAAUGAAUUUAUUCAGCAGUUUCAACUGCAUAUCUCAAAAUAAAUAAUUUUUGAAAAGAAAACAUAUUAUUUUCAUUUAUUUUUUUUAUCCUUAAAACCUAGUUAAUUAAAAUCCUUAAGAAUUUAAGCUGUUUUGGCAGUUGGUGUUCAGUAAAAAAUUUUCCUUGAUCAGUAUGUACCCGUUCUAAUAAUAUUCCACAAUUUAUACUCUGAUCCCCAGAAAGCUUAUAAAUUGUUUGCAAAUUAAUUUUACUGCAUGAAUAAAUGGGUUGAUGUUUUAA